CUUCACUGGUACUCAUUCGGAUUAUUUGUGACAACACUACUUUUGUCAUUUUAAAUGAUUAACUCAGGUUUUGUGUUCGUGUAAUGUUGUUUUUUGGACUGCGUCAUGCUGCCAUGAUAGCGAGGAGGGGGGGUCCUCCACUCGGAUGAGGUGGGAAGCGUGCCCGUGAGGCUGACAUGUAAGCGGUCUCCUCCGGGGUACGGCGACUCCCGCCUCAGGUUGAAGCGUUGCCAGUGUUCCCGCUGCCAGGCGGCACACGCUCCUCUCUGCCGAAGCGACACCGCCACUCUGCAAAGGCACAAAAAUGGAGAAGAGUUGCUCAGAAUGCUCAGAGACGACGCAUGCACAGAGCUUGUGCACACUCUGCAACAAGUGGUUGUGUUACCAGUGCACAGAUGUGCAUCAGCAUCCGAGAGCCACAAUGUCAUCUCAUUACACGGACGUAAAUGAUCAGAGAAGCUCCGGAUCCCUUCCUGAUAAUGGACCGGGUACAGGGUCAUAUCCUUGUCCCCUCCUCAUGUGCCACUCUCAUAGACAGCAGCCCCUGGAGCUGCUUUGUGAGACAUGUGACCUCCUGUGCUGCAGCAGCUGUCACCUGUCCUCCCACAAAAGCCACAGGGUGGCGCAGAUUGGGAAGGCUCUCCAGGAUCAGCGCUGGCUCUUUGAAAGUUUGAUGGUACAGGUGGAAGAGAGGAGGUCUGCGGUGGAAAACAACGCAAAGCAGAUAGAGGACAGAGUUCACGGAGUCAAGAUUGCGCACAGGAAGGCUGAGAACCAGAUUAAGAUGGCAAAAAUGAUUAUGAUGAAUGAGCUUAACAAACGAGCUAACCUAUUAAUAGAGCAACUGGAGAAAAUCUCCGAGGACUUUCAGCAGCAUCUGGAGGACCAACUGCAGGGGGCAAUAGAAAGGUGUGCACAGCUGGACCAAGUGCAGAAGUUCAUCAGUUGGGCAACAACACACCAUUGCCGUGGCCCGGUUCUCUUCAGCAGAAGAAUGAUUUCUCAGCAAAUCCAACAAUUGCUUGACUCAUCUCUGCGGUCUGAAACUUGGAGUCCUGUGAAAAUCAAGUUCAAUUGGGAUGCAAGCUACUGGACCAAACAGAUGGCCUCUUUAGGCCAAUUGACUGUGGAAGGUGGAAACUGCCCCUUCCCUCAGGGCUUGGCCUGCACCAGCGUUCUAAGGCCUCAACCAAUCACAUGCUUGGCUUUGCCGCCCGUUUGUCACCGAGAGUCAGCCUGCGGGUACCAGAUGUGUUAUGAGCCCCAGGUGUGUUGCCUGCAUGGCAUCCCUUCUCAGUCAGAUCUGGACAAGAGCCAGCUGGGAGGCCCGCUCUACAACCAGAGCUACGUUCCAACUAGUCUCGGAUCUCGGGUGCAGAGCCAGCAGCUGCUGAGGUGCUGUGACCCGAGCGACUCGUCUGACUUGCAAACGUCUUCCCGAUGCCCUUUGCCUCCAUCACAUGUCCCUGCUGGGGGACCCAGCCAAAUUAAUUGCACUCGUGUACUUACAUCCCAAAAGCAAACCUCUGAGCCCCAGUCCUUGCCCGAAUCUCAUCCACAUCACCAUCAGGAAAUAGGGUCCCUUUCAGUAAGUAACAUUCAGCAAAGCGCAAACCAACAUCGGUUGCAUCAACGCCACGUUCCGUGUGAGGAAGCACUCAGCGAUACGUUUGAGGACCAAGACGUCAACACUGAGCGAUGCAGGGUGGAGGAGAUUCAUGAAAAAACUGUCACAGCAGAACACGAGGAACCGCAGACAGACACAACCGAGCAGAGUCCUGUCCAACAACAACAACAACAGUUUCAGGUUUCUACAACAGCAGAAAAGCAGAGGAAAGACCAGCAGAGAAACAGUCCUGCAGUAAUGCAGAUCUGUAAUGGAAAUCAAACAAAUGGCCGGAGAUCUAUGUCCCUAGAGGUGUCGCUGGCAGCCAACAACUGCAGCUCUGAUGCACAGCAGUGCAGAAUCAACCCAGGUUUGGGAUCCACUACUGGGAGGAGAUGUACCCAAAGUAUCCCUGUCGCGCUAGCAUCCACAUCUGGUGACUCUUAUUCUGAAAGGCCAAUGGGAUCUACUCACAGCCCUGAUGCGGGAACUGCAAAUAUAGCAACAGGGAAGUAUGCCAGUGCAGACUCCAGACAGAGGAGAGCUUCAGAUGGUGUUCUUUGCAAUGUCAAAGAAUCCUCAGCCAACAUAAUCCUCACCAGAAGCCGACGGACUCCACUACUCUCCAGUAAAGCUGGGCCAGAUCAGUCUACCUUAAAUGAUGAGGUUUGUCAUGUUGCCAAAGAAAAGUGCAGUGCAUCAAGAAAUGGUCACAACAGCAGCAGAGAUUCUGAAAGAGACUCUGGAAGAACUGGAAGAGUUCCAGUGGUUUGCCUCGAGCGCCUGAAAAUUCUUAUCUCUCAACUUCCUCCACAUGGACGAAGGCAGAGUGACCCUUUACCUGUGAGUGCGGUAGAGAAUGAUAGAACUUUGCUUCAGCCGAAAACCUGUCUGAAUGUAACACAAAAGGAGGUGUCUGGAGUCCCUGCGAUGAAAAAGACCCAAUCAGUCAGUGUGACUCGGUCUCCAGACAAACGUCAGUGGCUCACAGUUAACACUGAGUGGAAUACCUGCCCAAAGGCCAGCUUUCCCAAAGCAUCUGAAUUGCCACCUGAUGACCCGCAGGAUAGUAUCUCUGCACUUGAUUUCGACUCUGUCUCUGACCCAAAGUCAGUCCCAGAAGAGGCGAUCAUCUCUCAAGCUGACUCGCAACUUGACUCGGAUACAUUGCCACCGUUUCUAUCCGAGGCGGAUCCGGAAGAUUGUGGCAAGGACAAUGAAGUUCAAAAGAUGUGCAACAUAAAUGGAUCAAUGGAUGAUUCUGAUGGAAGCGUCGAAUGUGACCCGGACACAGCUUCAGGAGCAGGAUCCGAUGAUGGACAAGCAGAAUUUGAUGCUUACUCAGGUGCUGCAGAAACAGAGUCAGAUGUUCAACCAGAAACUGAUGCUGUGCUCCAGACAGAAACCGAUUCUGACCAUUUGUUUGAUCAGCAUUCGGAUUCUCAGGGGUCUGUAGAGUCGGAACUCGAUGUUGAAUCUGAGCAGGAAAGAACAGAUGACCCGCAGCCUCUUCGUUCUGAUCUAGAAGAAGACUACCCAAUUGGACCUAGUCAGAGACCACUUCUAAUUGCAAACCCUGGCGUUUUGAGGAGGACAGAAAUCCAGGAGGACAAUGCGGAAAUUGAAAGUGAGGAUUUUUGUGCAGUAUGUCUGAUCGGCGGGGACCUUUUAUGCUGCGAUCACUGUCCUAAAGUUUACCAUUUGUCGUGUCACGUCCCGCCUCUUCUAAACUUCCCUUCAGGUGACUGGCUGUGCAGUCUGUGCCGAGAUUUUGUGCGGCCAGAAGUUAAGUACGACUGUGAAAAUAGAAGAUCUUCUGAGGAACGCACAUCUGGACAUGGCUUGUCCCCGUCUGAUCAGAGAAAAUGCGAGCGGUUGACUCUUCUGAUCCUCAAUAACAUCCUAAGUGCUCCCUUUCACGAGCCCGUCAGUCCACUUGCUCGUCAUUACUAUCAGAUCAUUAAGCGACCCAUUGACCUGUCUGUGAUCCGUGCAAGACUGAACAAGAGGAGCAAACAACAUUACAACUCACCUGAGCACUUUGUGGCUGACGUCUAUCUCAUGUUCCACAACUGUGCAAAGUUCAACUAUCCCGAUUCAGAGGUGGCGCAAGCGGGCCGCAGCCUGGAGGCCUUUUUCACCACCAAAUUGGAAGAAGUCUUCCCGGGCAGAGUUUUCCCACCGACCGAGGUGGACAGCGACAGUGACGAGUACGACGAGGCCUUCCGGGUGAGUGAGGGGGGGUUCCCCUGGCCAGAGCGGAGGGAGCAGUGUCACAGGAAGAGGAAGAGGAGACAAUCGCUUAAGUCAAAGAGACAUUACAUGUAAACAGGAAUGCACUACUUUUGGGGGACUCUGGUAUUUUUCUUCAAGCAGCUGACGGAAUGUUUGUGAAAUGAGAUUAAAUGAUUAUGAGUCAGUCUGGAGUGUUAGUUUCCCAGUAAUAAAAAAUUGAUCGAUGUAACAAGAGCACUCUGAGAGCAGUGAAGGCGAAAACAUUUGACAGCAGUGAAACUACGAUGUGGCUUUGAGUGUUGUAUUGUUUUGUUUCUUUAGAGGUAGAAGGAAUUCUGGAUCCAGGUCCAACUAUCUAAAAAAAAAUCCUAUUUUAGGUACAGUACACAAAAUCAGAACCGGAUUCGAUUUAUAACCAACAACUUUGUCUUUAUGUGACACUGACAAGUCGAGAAGAAUUUAGAAACAGGGUUUAUAGGUUGAUUUUUGGAACCUAGUUUGCACAGAAUUAUAAUGAUGAAAUCAAACAGUAUUUUGCUCAUAAUCUGCCCUUGAUGCACUAACAAUUAUAUAUGAUAUCAUUUGAAUUAUGAUGUAAUAUACAACGAGAUUGCUGCUGUCGUAUAAAUGGCGAUUGUGCUUUUGGAGAGUAAGCAGCUCUACAAUUACCGGUAGUUCAUAACAGCACUUUGAUAUAUUGUAAUUACUGCCUGAGGAAAUGUCCUGUGUACAUGUAAAACUAUAUACAACUUUGUUCCAUUCAGAUUUCACAAUAGGUUCUAAAGCAUUGUAUGCAAUUUCUGUACAUACAGUAAUAUUUAUUAAUAGCGGUGUCUGUCUGACUUUCUGAUUAAAAUUUAGCAUAUUAUGUGGUCUAUUCACAGGGCACUCAUUGUCAAUAAUACCAUAUUUCAUGUCAUAGCAUCUGCUCUGCUUUAUGUACUCUCUGUAACUGAGUAACUUGCACCUCUGGACACUACAGUAUGUAAAAAUGCAGUGGGUUUUAAUCAGAUCAAGAUCAAAUGAAAAUUGCCACUUGACUUACAUUAUCAAUUUAACUGCUGCAUGUCAGUACAAUGGAAUCAUUAGGUUUCUGCCUCUAUAUGAAUGUUUUCCUUUGAAAGAGUUAUUGAAAGUGGUUUACCCUUAACCAAAAGUAUCUCAGACCCAAUAAUAAACAAUAAUCAAUAGUUCAGUCUUGAUAACUACAACUUUUAUUAUGUCAUGCCAAACCAAUUUCUAAUUGUAGCAAUUUCCUUAAUUUUUUUUUUUUUUUUUUUUUUUUUAUAAUACAGCUUAAUUUACUACCGUCUGCUAUGACUUUUAUAUGUAUGCACUAGUACAGCACUUUGUUACUUGUUUUGAAAAGUGCUGAAUAAAGUUAUAUUGGCAGUGUGUUACUAAUAGCCUGAUUGUAUUCCUCUUCUCAACCAUUCCAACUUCAAACUGUUUUGCUUGUUUUGCCCCUCAUGAAAAAAAAUGGGGAGAAUUCCACUCAAAAAAAUUUGCAUUAGAUCCAUUGGAGUAAUUUGACUCCAUGAUUGGACCAACAAAAAACUCCUCAUUGGUUUCAAUUUACAGUGAACUUCAACCCCCAAAAGAAAUCCAGUGACUGCUGUAUUUGUCAGUUCCAAUGACAGACAUAUUGUCAGGUUUGCAGGUAGGCAGGUCGUGUGUGGACCCAAAUGCAAGGAACGGGAGGCAAGGCAGAUAGACGGUGCAGAAAUGAUUUAAUUAAGGCAAGCAAAAAACAAAGUACCAACAAAUAAUGUGGAGAUCCCAAAAACACCACAGCAAACAAAAACACAGGUUGCUAACAAAAGGCUGGGUAUAAAAAACUUACUGAGGGGAACUCGAGGGAUUUGGAGAAAACUGACGAGAACAGGUUCGGACGUGCACAUGAAGCUUGACAAUGACGCAACAACGAGUGAAAAGAAACUGGGAGCUUAUAUACACACGCAGACAAGGGGUAACGAGGAACAGAUGGGUGACACAGGAGGACGCUUGCCUGAUAUACCAGACUCACCGCUGUUCCAGCGAUUGAGUCUGGCGACCGUCCAGCGGAUCAAAUUCCGAGGGCGGGGCAAGCCACAGCAAACAGACAGCGGAGUGGACCAAUCAGCGACGGGCAGACAUGACGUUGUUAAAGCGACAAGUAAUUCGCGUGAGCGGAGAAUGGAGAAGUUUAUUCAACAUGGCUAGCGCGAGCCAUGUUGACUGUUGUCAAUGACUUGUUUCGAUGUGUUUUGGUCAUGUAAAACUAGUUUUACCGCGGAUUGGAACAUAUUCUUGGCUCUCCCGUUGCUCAUCUGUGUUGUUGUAGACACGACUUUCGGCGCGCAUAAGUGACGUUACUCGUUAAGAACACGUCAUGCAAAUAAACGAAUCUGAUUGGACGAUUGAGUUUGUACCUUGUUCGAGAGGUCGUUAAUGGGCUGGGUCCCAGACUAUUUCUCACAGUGUUUGAAAAAUACAGGGAGAAUAGUCUGGCUGUGCCAGGCAAGGAGGACCCAGGUUGGAGGAUACAUUAGGAGCAGGUACAACAGGUGAAAUCAAUGGGCAAUCACAGGGACACACUAGGAGGGAACCAACACAAAACCUAACACAUGUCUUUCAAUUCCAAACAAGGAUGUCUGUUAAUUCCAGUGGCGGCUAAAUCAAGUAAUUCCAAUCAUGGCAAUAUCAGUUUUGAAGUAAGUUACUAAGUUAGUGACUUGACUAUUUGGAAAUUCCCUACAUUAAAGAUUUCAUGCAACAUAUAUUAAAAAUUAGUUGGUAACUGUAGCUUCAUUGAAAUUGACGGAUAGGCUAUAGCCCUUUUUUUUAGAAUUGACGAAUAUCACCAUCUUUAAAUUGACUGAUAUGGCCAUCAAAUUCCAAAGAGGGCUAUAUCAGUCAAUUCCAAAGAUAGAUAUAUCAGACAAUUCCAGUGGGAAUUGGGAACAAGUUACUGACCAGAAGAGUAAAACAUCCCAAAACUUUCUCCAAAAAUGGCAUUUUCAAGGAUUGAACUGUUUCUUUGACAAAGGGAACCAUAUCUUGACAUUUAAAUAAUAAUGAUGUUGCAAAAUUGUGAUUUUUGGAAGGUGAAAUAAAAGGUUUGCACGUCUAUUUCCAGGCAUGUAUAAAUAUUUGAUACUAUCGCUUCCUUUUGAACUUUUAUGUUAAAGGACUCACAUCCUGUUACUCUGCUCUUGGAGUAAAUUUGAUGUGUUAGCACACUCAUAAUGAGUCUGUUAGCCUACCGGAAAAGAAAAGAUUUAAGACUAUUUAUCUUCUUGCAAGCACUCUAGGCAGACAAUGAGUUUUCACUGUUAUUCCUUCUAAGAAAAAUUUGGCGGUCUUGAAGUCGAGCCUUUGCUAUAAUCAGCAGCAUGCAAUUUAAAGUUUCCUUGUCCAACAAGGUUAGUGCCCUUUCAAUCAGUAGGGCCAAAUACUACAGAAUGGUAAUUAGACAUAGACCUUUGGUAAACAAUGAAAAGGACAGACACAAAGCCACUAAGAGAGAAAAAUGAUUACUGGCAAGUGCAGCAGUCUGUGAAAUUUGGUUUUGGAAGCUGCAAUGUUGUAUGUCAGCGUUUAUUCUAAUCAAUUUGCUGACCUUAUUGUGCUAUUAGUUCAGCUGGCCUGUUAACCUUUUAAUUCAUGACCUAGGGCGAGUGUGCCAGUAUCUGUAUUGACACAAAACAACCUUUUUGGCGUUUUUAUGAUAGCAAACCACUGACACAAAAUGAAAAUAUGUACUCUAAAAAUAAAAUUAACUCUAAAAUUUUUAACUACUUCAAUGUUUAUUUGGCAUGUCAUAUCUACAGAAUUCCAAUAGCACAAAACAUUCAUACUAGAGAUGUGACCGAAAAUUUGGCGACGAAACUAUCAGCGGAAAAUAGCGCAAAAUGCAUUAUCAGUUUUCGGUUUUGAAGACCGAAAGUUUAGCACCGAAUAGUGUGAAGAACUUUAGUCUUCUUGCAAUGACGUAAUCAAAACACGGCGGGAAGCAAUACGCUGGCUAACGCUGUCUUGUUAACACUACUGGCUCACAGCCAACAUGUCCACAGUUUGGAAGUAUUUUGAGGUAUCUUAGAAAUAUAUAAAUGAAUAAAUGAAGGAAGAUAAAAUCAUUUUCUUCAUAGCUGCACACGCUCGACCUGAAGUUGCUUUCCAUUGAUGUCCCGCAUCACAUCGAGAACAGUGCAUUUGAGCCUGUGCGUGAGUAGCUUGGAGUUGAAUCAAGCGAACAGUAUAAAAAAAAGUAUUUAAAUGCAUACAUGUACAUUUGCUGUGGUUGAGUACAAUACUUUUAUGGCACAACCACUUCUUGUUUUUCCCCGUGACUUACACACUACCUUUGUCAGUUGCUAAUUAAUCUGGCUGAGAGCAACUUUGCACGGCUUCGUCGCGCGCUACGACCCGGCCCACCCGCCUGACUCUCAAUCGAUUACACUUGUUGUACAUGAAAACAGUUUUAUUUUAAGGAGUAGGGGAGAUUGUACUAGUGAAAGUGUGGAACAAACAGUAUUAAGGUAAAGGGAUAAUACUUGUAAAUCACCACCCAUUGGAAUUUUCUUUAUUCUUGUUGUAUGUACAAUAGCGUACCGCAAGUAACACAUCACCUUGUAAAACACAACCCAUUGGAAUUUUCUUUAUUCUUGUUGUAUGUACAAUAGCGUACCGCAAGUAACGCGUCACAUUUGCUCGUAAAUAUUUAUGACGUUAGCAACUGUUGCUAGGGGGUCAAACUUGCGUUUGUCCCUCAUGCUAUAUUCAUAUAAAUAGUGUACAAACGAGAUGUUUACUGAGCUAAACCUACCAAUUCUGUCUGAAAAUGAUGUCCUUGGUGCCAAAUUCACUGGUAAAGAUGUGGAAAUACAUACAAAAUGUUCAGUUAAAGAGAUGGCUUGAGUGUCGAGGGCUGAAAAAAAAACAGGAAAAAGAGCCGACCUGAUCCAGUGGUAGCUUUUUUAUUGACACCUUUUUCUUGUGUGCAUUGCCUUACGCCACUGACUCCUAUCUCCGUCAAAGCUGACUGUGUGGAAACACAAAGCCCUUUUUCCGUUGUAAAUUCUUGUGAAUAAAUGAUUAAAUCCCUGAAUUCUUUAUAGAUAUGGACGUGAAACAAUCUCGAUUCUUGGUUAAAGCAAAAAAAAACAAAAAACGUGCAGUUAGCAUUUAUUUUACGUACUGUAAAUAUUGCGAACUAUGAGGCUAGUCAGUAAGGAAAUUAGCGGCCGCUUUAUGUAAGCAAAGAGCUUUUUCCGUUGAAAAUUCUUGUGAAUAAAUGCUUAAAUCCCUGAAUUCUUUAUAGAUAUGGACGUAAGACAGUCUCGGUUCUUGGCUAAAAGCAAAAAAAAAAAGGGGAAGGUAGCAUUUGUUUUACGUAAAUAUUGCGAAUUAUGGGGAUAGUCAGUAAGAAAAUUAGCUGCCGCCAUGUGUAAACAAAGAGCUUUUUCCAUUGAAAAUUCAUGUGAAUAAAUGCCUGGUUAAAACCAAAAAAAAAAAAAAAAACGUGCAGGUAGCAUUUAUUUAGGAAACAUUGUGAAGUAUAAUGCCAAUGCUGUACCAGCAAAUUUCUCCCAUUGAUUUUUUUCACGUUUCCAAAUGCAUGCAUGGUACGAAAAAUAUAACUACCACCUUGAAUCCUCAAACAAAUCAAUCCUGAGACAAUCCUUCCUG